UUAGAUUUUUUUUUUUUGUUUUGAGUUCUUCCAAUCCCCUCUCUAAAUGGGUGUUCCUCAAUCUCUCAUCCUUCUCUGUAUCAUUUCAUUGAUUUCUUCCUCUGUUACUCUUGCUCAGCAACCUUACGUGGGGCUGGGUACCACUGCCUGCGGAACCACAGAUAAUUCAAACUCUGUUCUUGGUUACUACUGCAAUGGCCUCAACCCAUCUUGCCAAUCUUACCUCAUCUUCAGAUCUCAGCCCCCAUAUUACACGGUUCCUUCAAUCGCGGCCCUCUUCGGCUCCGACUUAUCUCAGCUCGCCCAGGUUAAUUCAGUCUCUCAGACUUGGUCCUUCCAAACAAACCAGGAGGUGAUCGUUCCCGUCAAUUGUUCUUGUUCCGGUCAGUAUUCUCAGGCAAACACUUCUUAUAUUGUUAAACCAAAUGAUACUCCUUUCAUUAUCGCUAACGACACCUUCCAAGGUCUUUCCACUUGUCAAGCUAUCCAGAUUCAAAACAACAUCUCUGCUACGGGCCUAAAUAUUGGCCAAACAAUUACUAUACCCCUUCGAUGUGCUUGUCCCACCAAAAAUCAAAGUGUUGCUGGCAUCAAAUAUCUAUUCAGUUACACAACCACUACGGGUGAUUCUGUUUACACCAUAAGUUCUCAGUUUGGAGCUAACUAUACGGAGACCCUUGCAGCUAAUGAGCUUCCUAACAUCAUCAUUUACCAAUUCACAACCCUCCUUGUUCCUUUACGGUAUCCACCAUCCAGUUCUCAAAUCUUAAGCCCACCAUCUCCGCCGCCUUCUUCCACUCCUUUCUCUCCAUCACAGAGUUCUACAGCAUCAAUUCAAAUAUGGGUCUAUGUUGUUAUUGCAGUUGCGGCUUCAAUUGGUCUCAUGUUGGUUAUCUUCAUCAUAGCCUUGCAUCUUUUAUUCCGUAAACGUAAGAGAAGCGAAGCUAAUCCUAUACUCGUUUCGAAGUCGACGAAUUAUGAUUCGAUUCUCUCCUCAGACCCUCUCAACAAGAAAUCAGAGGUUGAAUCCAGGGAGUACCUUUUUGGUAUUGCUGACAGUGUUCAAUCCAUUAAAGUGUAUAAAUUUGAAGAAUUGAAAUCUGCAACAGAGAAUUUCAGCCCCAGUUGCUGGAUUAAGGGAUCUGUCUACCGUGGAAAGAUUAAUGGGGACAUAGCCGCUAUUAAAAAGAUCAAUGGAGAUGUGUCCGAAGAAAUAAAUUUACUCUCCAAGAUCAACCAUGUCAAUAUAAUCAGGCUCUCAGGUGUUUGUUUCAGUGAAGGGGAUUGGUAUUUUGUUUAUGAGUAUGCCAUGAAUGGACCUUUGAGUGACUGGAUCCAUGGCAACAUGAGUAGACCCAAAAUUUUAAGCUGGACAGAGAGGGUACAGAUUGCAUUGGAUGUGGCCAUGGGGCUUGAUUAUCUCCACAGCUAUACCACUCCUCCUUAUGUCCACAAGGAUGUCAAAAGCAGUAAUAUUCUUCUGGGCAAUGAUUUCAGGGCUAAGGUAGCCAAUUUUGGUCUAGCAAGGUCUGCAGGAGGGCAGGAAGGCGAUUUCGCAUUGACAAAGCACAUCGUUGGGACAAAAGGUUACAUGGCACCUGAGUAUUUGGCGGAUGGUUUGAUCUCUCCAAGACUGGAUGUUUAUGCAUUUGGGGUUGUGAUGCUGGAGCUAAUUAGUGGAAAAAAGGUAAUUGUUUCAUCUCAAGGGGAAGAUUUGCUUUUAAUUAACGUGUUAAUAGCAAUACUCCAUAAGGAAAAUGCAGAAGAAAAGCUAGGAGGAUUCAUAGAUCCUUCUCUAGAAGCAAGUUAUCCUUUGGACCUGGCUUUGUCUCUGGCUAGACUAACAGAGAGCUGCUUGAGGAAGGAUCCAGCCAGUCGACCAGGUAUGGAUACGAUUGUGCAAUCCCUCUCAAUAAUCGUCACUACUUCACUAACUUGGGAAUCAUCUUUCUUGGGUAAUAGAGGUUCAAACUCUUACAUGUAUUGAGUUGUAAAUUUCUUCGCUAUAGCAAGAUAGUUUGAUGUAUUUUUCUGUACAUCUUCACUGUCUUCCAUGUUUGUGAUCUGGUUUGUCUGUAAACAUUUCAAAGGUUGUUUGUAAUUGUGUAGAACUUGCAACUGUAUAGGCUGCAAGGUUUCAGUUAUAUUUCAAUUUAAAGAAAUGUAUUCGUAUGAUCUCGCAGUGAUAAUGGGGAUUUGAGAUUUUUGAGAGAUUUCAAAUAGGAAAUAAUUCCAAGAUAUAAUUCAGUA